AUGGUAAGGAGCAAAUCUAACCAGAGUGCGAGUGGAACACGCCGUAAGCCGACACCUUCGUUAUACCAACACAUUUCCAGCUUUAAACCGCAGUUCAGCACACGAGUCGAUGAUGUUUUGCACUUUAGCAAGACUGUGGCGUGGAGAAGCGAGAUCAUUCCCGACAAAUCCAAGGGCACUUUGACCACUAGUCUUUUGUACUCUCAAGGUAGUGAUAUCUACGAAAUAGAUGCUAGUUUGCCAUUGAAGACAUUCUACGACGACGACGAUGACGACGAGAAGAAUGAUGCGGAUGAUGCCAAGGCCAAGUCCACAGCCGCUCUGAAUCCUGAAUACGGUGACGCUUUCUGUGGAGUCGAGGGAAAGCCAUUGCGCCCCAAAUGGAUCUACCAGGGCGAAACGGUGGCAAAGAUGCAGUAUCUGGAAAGCUCAGACGAUAGCACGGCGAUCGCGAUGUCCAAAAAUGGUUCGCUGGCGUGGUUCAGAGACGAAAUUAAAGUUCCCGUCCACAUUGUGCAGGAGAUGAUGGGGCCUGCCACGAGCUAUGCUAGCAUUCACUCGCUAACCAGACCGGAUUCCCUGGCUGUAGCCGAUUUUGAUGUGUCAACUAACAUGGAUACGGUGGUGAAGUCACAAAGUAACGGCUACGAGGAAGACAGCAUCUUGAAAAUCAUAGACAACUCAGAUAGACCUGGAGACGUUUUACGGACAGUGCACGUUCCAGGAACCACGGUGGCCCAUUCGGUCAGGUUUUUCAACAACCAUUUAUUCGCAUCAUGUUCAGAUGACAACAUCUUAAGAUUCUGGGAUACAAGAACGGCAGAGAAACCACUUUGGAUUCUAAGCGAGCCGCAAAAUGGGCGACUAGCGUCAUUCGACUCCUCUCAAGUCACUGAGAACUUAUUUGUCACUGGCUUCAGCACGGGUGUCAUCAAGCUAUGGGAUGCGCGCGCUGUGCAACUGGCCACUACUGACCUCACACACAGGCAAAAUGGUGAGGAGCCGAUCCAAAACGAGAUAGCCAAGUUGUUCCAUUCCGGCGGCGAUUCCGUGGUCGAUAUUCUGUUCUCGCAAACUUCCGCCACAGAGUUCGUUACGGUCGGGGGAACAGGUAAUGUCUACCACUGGGAUAUGGAGUAUUCUUUUUCAAGAAACGAUGACGACAACGAAGAUGAAAUUCAAGCCGCUGCGCCAAAGGAACUGCAGGGUCAAUGUCUGAAGUUUUUCCAUACAGGUGGCACUAGAAGAUCAAGUAACCAAUUCGGCAAGAGAAACACCGUGGCCUUGCACCCUGUAAUCAACGAUUUUGUUGGCACCGUGGACUCAGAUAGUCUUGUUACUGCCUACAAGCCAUUUCUCGCCAGCGACUUCAUUGGCAGAGGUUACGACCACUAA